GGUUCUGCGCAUGCGCGAGCGGCAGCCGGGUCCCCGGGCUGGACAGCGGGCCGGGAGCGACGGCUCUGCGCAUGUGCGAGCGGCAGCCGGGUCCCGAGAGCCGCGAUCCGCUGCCGGCCCACCCGGUCCAAGCCCCGGCCAUCGGGACCGUCCCCCCGACCCCCGGCCCCCCAGACUCCCCACCUGCGGACCCCCGGCCUCUGGAGCAACCCCCGCCCCGAGCGCUGUCCCCGCGGCCGCCGACGAUGUGAGCGCCUGGCCGGGCGAUGGGCCCCUGCCCGCGGCGCCAUGGAGGGGCUGCUGUACAAGUGGACCAACUACCUGAGCGGUUGGCAGCCUCGCUGGUUCCUUCUGUGUGGGGGGGUGUUGUCCUACUACGACUCUCCUGAAGACGCCUGGAAGGGCUGCAGAGGGAGCAUCCAGAUGGCCGUCUGUGAGAUUCAAGUUCACUCUGUAGACAACACACGCAUGGACCUCAUCAUCCCUGGAGAGCAGUAUUUCUACUUGAAGGCCAGAAGCGUGGCUGAGAGACAGCGCUGGCUGGUGGCCCUGGGGUCAGCGAAGGCUUGUCUGACAGACAGCAGGACUCAGAAGGAAAAAGAGUUUGCUGAGAACACCGAAAACUUGAAAACCAAAAUGUCGGAACUGAGACUCUACUGUGACCUCCUUGUUCAGCAAGUAGAGAAGACAAAAGAAGUGACCACAAGUGGCGUCUCCAGGUCUGAGGAGGGGAUCGAUGUGGGGACUCUGCUGAGAUCCACCUGCAGCACUUUCCUGAGGACCCUGGAGGAAUGCAUGCAGAUGGCGAACACAGCCUUCAGCUCCGAGCUGCUCCGCGGCACGCCCCCGGGCUCCCCGCAGCUGGCAGUGCUCAAGUCCAGCAAGAUGAAACAUCCCAUUAUACCGAUUCACAAUGCAUUGGAAAGGCAGGUGGAGCUCAGUCACUGUGAAAAUGGCUCUCCCAGCCUGGAGAGGAAUGGUGCGGAGGAGCUCCUCGGGAAGAGCAGACGCCGCUUCUCCCUGAGGGCGGCCAAGGCGGACUGCGGCUCGGCGGGAGCAGGACGGGCGGCUGGCCAGGCUGCAGCCCAGCAGGAGAGGAGCCAAGCAGAUAGAGGGGAGAAGCCGGGGGACUGUGGCUGCGGCGUGGCUGGGCCAGAGACAGACACCGCGAAUCGUGCUCCAGGACCCCACUGCGAGGACGGCCAAGAAGGCAUCCCCACGUUUUUCAGUACCAUGAACACCAGCUUUAGUGACAUCGAGCUUCUGGAAGACAGCGGCAUCCCCACAGAAGCAUUCUUGGCCUCGUGCUACGCUGUGGUUCCAGUACUAGAUAAGCUGGGACCUACGGUGUUUGCUCCUGUUAAAAUGGAUCUUGUUGGGAAUAUUAAGAAAGUGAACCAGAAGUAUAUAACCAACAGAGACGAAUUCACCACGCUCCAGAAGAUCGUGCUACAUGAAGUGGGGGCAGACGUAGCUCGGGUGAGGAACUCGGCCACAGAGGCCCUCCUGUGGCUCAAGAGAGGCCUCAAGUUUUUGAAGGGGUUUUUGACAGAGGUGAAGAAUGGAGAAAAGGACAUCCAGACAGCACUCAACAAUGCGUACGGCAGAACAUUGCGGCAACACCACGGCUGGGUGGUUCGAGGAGUCUUUGCGUUAGCGCUGCGGGCAGCCCCGUCCUAUGAAGACUUUGUAGCUGCGCUGACCAUGAAGGAAGGCGACCACCGCAAGCCAGCGUUCAGUGCCGGGAUGCAGAGGGACCUCAGCCUGUACCUCCCCGCCAUGGACAGGCAGCUGGCGAUCCUGGACGCGCUGUACGAAGCCCACGGCCUGGAGUCUGACGAGGUGGUAUGACGUCUGCAGGAGAGCCACCUCCUGACUGCAGGGAAUAAAGUUUGCUUGAUUCCCAGCAUCAGCUUCAAGCCUCUGUAGCUCCUCAGCUGGGGGGAUGGAGAAGAGACGGCGAGGCCUAGUGCUUUGAUAUUUAAUCGUUUUAAAGCACAUGUGUUUUGUGUGUUUAAGAUCAAGGUGCUAAAUAUAUGUCAGCUGAGAGACCUUCGGGAACCC